AUGACGAAAAAAAAACCUGUAGGAUACGGUUUCGCUUUGGAUUACUCUAAAAUUGAUCCGACAGUCUGCAAGAUAUCAAACUACGCGCACAACUUCCCAAUUUUCAGCAGAAUCCUCUUUGGCAGCCUGGCGUGGGAGGCUGGCAUCUCUUCCGGAGAUUAUCUACUUCAAGUCAAUGGAAUUUCGGUUGAGAGUAUGAAGGAAGGAGCUGUAGUGAAUUUAAUACAACAAAACCUCCGAAGCGUCGAGCUGAUGGUUGCCACAAUGAGCAACAAACUGAAGAAGAGUGCUGAAACAGCAGCAAGUUCACCAUUGGCGGCACCUUACAUUAAAAAUUCUGUAGUUAAUAUAACUCAACAACAAUUUCAACCUCAGGCAACCACACCAACGCAACGACACAAACCUCAGAAGCAACCUUCCAUGAGAUCCAAUUUUGGAAUAUAUGAGGAAAUAAAUAUUUAUUGUGAGGAGCAUGAGAUUGAUGCAAAUGGUUUUAGUAACGCGUCUUUCAACAAAAAUGAUAACAUCAACAAAAAUAAUAUUCCCAAACCUCAACAGUCUCCAAAAGAGUUUUCAAACAACCAGAAAAAACAUGAACCUUCCGGCAAUCAACUUCAACAAAAUACGGAAACUGCUGUGUUAUCGAUCCAUGAUGACGACGUGUGUUCGCCUGUAAUGCCUUCAAUAAAACUUCCGUCUCUCACGAUCGGCAAGAUGCAAAAGAGUAAAAACAAUUUGAAAGGUACCACAGGGAACCAAAACGAAUCAGCGGAUGAAGAUGCAUUUGAUAAUGUAGCUCGUGCAAUCGUUGGAAAUAAGAAAAAUACUUCUUUGUCAAGCCCAACAAGCCCUCAACAAUCCCAAAUUGCUGAGCAGUUAAACGAAUUAUCAUCAAUAUCAUCACCAACAGCAACUACAUCAACCGCCUUAAGAAAAGUUUCAUGUUCAGAAUCAAGUGGCUUUGUAAGUGAGAGUGCUGAAAAUUCCUCGGAUGGAAGUCUUCCAAGUUCGACAUCAUCUGAUAACACUUUCAACCAUUGCACUGACAACUGCAACGGGAACACUAGCAAUGAUUGUAAUAAUAUUUUCAACAAAAAUUUCGAUAGUGCAAUAAACGAUAAAAUGAUGAAACCGAUGUUACCAACGCCAAAUACUCCUUCAAAGAUUCAUCAAAUAACGAGCCAACUGCAUCAACACAAACAGCAACAACAGCUUCCAGCACCAGACGUUGCUCCACCGAUACCACCGAAGAUAAAAAAUCCAGUACAGACUGAGAAGACGAGUGAGAUGAAAAAAUUACAUAACUUAAUUUCACGAUGCCAAGAUGAUGCUGACAAACAAAACGUAGAAAAGACAUUUCAACAAUACUUAAACAGUCUCCACGACCAACUCAGACAAACCAACCACAACACUCACAACUAUGCCACAAAUUUUAUGCAACAACCUCAUUUAAAAGUUUCUAGAAAACCUUUACCUCCUCUUCCACCGACUCAACUGAGUUUGUCUCUUCAGUCUGAAAUUUUUCGUCCCCAAAAUCAAACAUUUUUCCAAAAAGAAAAUAAAAUGAAACAAAAACAAGCAUGUUGCCUUUUGCAUAAUGAUACUGAUCAGACACCAAUAAAAUCGAGAAAAUCAGAUAGCGAAACAAGCCGGUCUGUUGAGGCAAUCGACCCAACAUCGGGUAUCGUCGCUCCUCCCGAUGAAUUUUCCGCAGGUAACAACAAUCGUAUCGACGGUUGCAAACCAACUCGACCAUCUUUUCUCGAUCUUACUUCUCAAACAUCUUUCCUAUCACCAACAAAGACAUCUUUUUCACCUGUCUGCUCAGCCAACAUAUCUUCGUCGCCCUCCAUUCCAAUUCCAAAACCAACAUAUUUGUUCAACAGGCUGAGUAAUAAUUUUAUUAUAACAACGCCUAACAAUUAUAGUACUUUUCCAUCUAACGACUCAAACAUCACUGCCGAAGACGAGGACAUCAACAACACUAACAUCGCUGACGAUAACAACAAUCUUGACGUCCACAACAGCGCCGAGAAUCGUUUGAAUUGUAAACAAAUCGAACAAUGGAGCGUUGAUGAUGUUUGCACUUGGCUUCUACACGUCGGUUUCGAUUCCUACGAAGACUCCUUCAGAAAACAUUCAAUUAAAGGCGAGGGAAUGUUGAAGUUGAAGAGAUUGGAUCUCAUCAAGUUGGGGAUGGAAGAUGUGGUGGCCAGAAGAGAUUUCCAACGAGCUGUGGUCAGGGUCCAAUUGAGGAAAUAUGAUGAAUCAUCUUGCUGA